GGUGGAUGGGUAUUCGACUAGAAACGGUUGGCAACUUGCUAAUAUUGUUCGCAGCGGUGUUUGCCGUGUUGGGCAGAGACACAUUGGACGCGAGCAUUGUGGGACUUUCCGUCAGUUACGCUCUACAGAUAACUAGUAUGAUGAACUCAGCUGUGAGAAUGGCUUCUGAACUAUCAACGAACAUAGUGUCUGUAGAGAGGGUCAAAGAGUACUCCGAACUACCAGAGGAAGCAGCGUGGGAGGUCCACCCAAAACCUAGUCCAGACUGGCCCAGCAAGGGAGUGGUGCAUGUUGAGGAUUAUCAAGUAAGGUACAGGAAGGAACUAGACCUUGUCCUGAAGGGCAUAUCCUGCACAGUCAACGGAGGAGAGAAGAUAGGAAUUGUUGGUCGCACUGGCGCUGGAAAAUCUUCUCUCACUCUGUGUCUAUUUCGAAUCAUCGAGGCUGCCAGUGGUUCUAUACUUAUCGAUGGACUUGAUAUUUCCAAGAUCGGACUAGGAGAUCUACGCUCCAAACUUACUAUUAUACCUCAA